AUACAUACCAUCAUACUGUACAAGGAUUAAGUAGUAAUAUCUUCCCGUUCGCUGUCUCAAUUCACUUCCCAAUUCGUUUUCACCCACAGUUGAAAGGGUAGAUCUACAGCUUCAACACUGUAACUUCCAAGUUUGCAGCUCAAGUCUUAAACUGAAGACACUUCUCUCCAUCCUUUUGUUCUUAAAUUUCUAGUCAUUCCAAUUUUCCGACAAUAAAAGAUCGAGAGCUUUCGAUUCCGGCUAGUAGCCCAUGAUCCCCCAGCUCCUUCUUUUACAUGAUUCUUACUUCUAGAAUUUUAGAUCUGCAUUUUUAUGAUUUUUAAUUUUCCGAAUUAACAAUGGCAAUGUGUUCCUCACACUGCAUUUCAUACCAGAGCCUGAGAUGUAAAGCUGGUGAGACUGUCUAUGCAAACAAUGUGGAUGCAUCAGGAAUGAAAAGAUCAUGUCUUGGCUUUGCUUCUUUGUCAUGUGAUCUACGAAUGACAAUGCGGAAUUUAUUUGUUAAUGGCAUUGGUGUAAGUAGCAGACGAGGACGACAUGUAGUUGUUGCUUCGAGUCCUCCUACAGAAGAUGUCGCGGUUGCUGCAGAGCCUUUGACGAAAGAGGAUCUUGUGGAGUAUCUAGCUUCUGGUUGCAAGCCUAAGGAAAAAUGGAGAAUAGGUACUGAACACGAGAAAUUUGGGUUUCAAUCUGAAACAUUGCGCCCAAUGAAUCAUGAUCAGAUAUCUGAGUUGCUGUAUCGUAUUUCUGAGAGAUUUGGAUGGGAUAAGAUCAUGGAAGGUGACCUCAUUAUUGGACUCGAGCGGGAAAAUCAACGUAUGUCAUUCGAACCUGGUUGUCAGUUCGAGCUUAGUGGUGCACCCCUUGAAAAUUUACAUCAAACUUGUGCUGAGAUUAAUUCCCACCUUUAUCAGGUUAAAUCUGUAGCAGAAGAGAUGGGAAUCAGCUUUCUCGGAAUUGGCUUCAACCCUAAAUGGGGAAUGAAUGACAUACCUCUUAUGCCUAAGAAAAGAUUCGAGAUUAUGAGGAAUUACAUGCCCAAAGUGGGAACACUUGGACUAGAUAUGAUGCUCAGGACUUGUGCUGUUCAGGUUAAUCUGGACUUCAGUUCUGAAGCUGACAUGGUUAGGAAAUUCCGUGCUAGUCUUGCGUUACAGCCUAUUGCAACAGCGUUGAUGGCAAAUUCGCCUUUCACAGACGGGAAACCAAGUGGUUACCUCAGUGUGAGAUGCCAAAGAAUGACUCAGACUGAUGAAAAUAGAGCUGGAAUGCUUCCCUUCGUGUUUGAGGAUUCCUUCGGGUUUGAGCAGUACGUCGAAUAUGCUCUCGAUGUCCCAAUGUACUUUGUCUACCGGAAGCAGAAGUAUAUUGACUGUACCGGACUAUCCUUCCGGGACUUUUUGGCCGGAAAACUUGCUCCAGUUCUUGGUGAAUACCCCAAUAUCAAUGAUUGGGAGAAUCAUCUGACAACCUUAUUUCCCGAGGUCAGGCUUAAACGAUACCUGGAGAUGAGGGGUGCUGAUGGAGGACCUUGGAGGAGUUCAUGUGCUUUGCCUGCGUUUUGGGUCGGUAUAUUAUACGAUGAGGUCUCUCUGCAAAAGGUUCUGGACAUGAUAGCUGACUGGACAGCGGAAGAAAGAGAAAUGCUGAGAAUGCAGGCCCCGGUGACUGGACUAAAAACACCAUUCCGAGGAGGAUUACUGAGGGACGUCGCCAAAGAAGUCGUGCAACUAGCAAAGGAUGGCUUGGAAAGGAGAGGCCUUAAUGAAACAGCGAUUCUGAAUGAAGUGGCAGAAGUGGCUGAAACAGGUGUAACACCUGCAGAGAAACUUCUGGAGUUGUAUUAUGGAAAGUGGAAAGAAAGCAUUGAUCCAGUUUACCAGGAGCUCCUCCACUGAAAUGUUUCAAGAGAAUUUAUCGCGUGAUUCUCAGUUUGUGGUGCCCUUGAAUCUUACAUUUGAACUUAACUAUCUCAGAGUUUCUGCAGUUUAAACAGAUAACUGAAACUACUUGAACUCUUGAAGUGUAUGUAUGUUUUAUUUAAGUGAUCAUAUAUUUGUUAAGCGAUAA